AUGAAUCCCAACGGUGUGUCUGAUGGAUUCGAUGGACCAGAGUUCACCCGUUUGCUUGAUGAAGCUUGGGAGACUACUCCUCUAUUUCAGAAUACCUCGCCGUCGGAUAGUUCACGAUCCGAAGUUACUUCGCUAUACCCAUUCUUCCCAAUAGACUCCACCCAGACCAAUCCUUUCUCAGACUCAUAUCGACCUAUCGUGAUACAGUCUAACCCAGUAGGUAACCCACCUGAGGACUAUACAUUUAAUCUGCCGCCUCCGGUCAGUUCGGCCGCUACACCUGUAGCUGACGAUCAGGAGCCCAAUUUGGGACCACAAGAAUUCCACUCCGCCGAGAGUCUCAAGCAGGAGUCUGGCAAGACUGCUACAGUGGUGGCAGCACAUCGAUCCGCCCCACAGCCCACCUUGACUUCCUCUUGUAGUGCUCCGGUGAAUAUCCCCACCUUUGACGGAAGCAAAUCUUUUAUGGUUUGGCUGCGUCUGGCCAAGUUCUACCUCAAGCGGACGGACGAAGCAGACCGAUCGCCUUUCCUCCUUCUGGGCCUCUCCCCCGAUUACUUGGCCAAAGCCCUCGAGGAAGGCCUCUCGGAUGAGACCCCAUUUGAGACCCUCUGUUACCACUUAGCCAACCUCUUAUCCAAUACCCAUACUUUAUGA